AUGGAUAGCGUCCUCCGCCAGAGCAAGGCCAUGUGCCCGUUCCUCAAGACGGCCUCCCCCGCAACCCUGCGAGCCCUCUCGACAUCUGCUCGCCCGACCGCGCCCCCGAGUCCCAGCCCCAAGGCGUCGCCCUGUGGCGGCACCAUGUCCAAGCUGACGCUCCUCGCCGGUCGCUGCCCGGUCAUGGGGAAGGCCAUGGCUGUGCAGUCGUCCAAGUAUGGCGCCGCCGCCAGCCUCCGUGCGUUCUCCAACCAGGCCAAGUCGUCUUCGGCCAGCGCCCACGGCAAGGCCAAGAUGCACACCAGCCGUGGCCAGAAGGCCCGCGCCGUCGAGGGCCCCGUCUCUGGCAUGUACCCGCCCAGCAAGACGAACUCGCCGCUCGCCGACGCACGUGCGGCCGCCAAGUUCAACUACGAGUCCUUUUACACCGCCGAACUCGACAAGAAGCACAAGGACAAGUCGUACCGCUACUUCAACAACAUCAACCGCCUGGCCAAGGACUUUCCUCGCGCCCACAUGUCCAACAAGGAGGAUCGCGUCACCGUCUGGUGCGCCAAUGACUACCUCGGCAUGGGUCGCAACAGCCGCGUGCUCAAUAAGAUGCACGAGACGCUCGAGGAGUACGGCGCGGGUGCGGGCGGGACGAGGAACAUUUCCGGACACAACAGGCAUGCGGUGGAGUUGGAGGGCACACUGGCCCAGCUCCACGCCAAAGAUGCGGCGCUAGUGUUCAGCUCGUGCUACGUGGCCAACGACGCGACGUUGGCCACCCUGGGCAGCAAGAUGCCCGACUGCGUCAUUUUGUCGGAUAGCCUGAACCACGCCUCCAUGAUCCAGGGCAUCCGGCACUCUGGCACCAAGAAGGUCGUCUUCAAGCACAAUGACGUGGCGGAUCUGGAGGCCAAGCUGGCUGCGCUGCCGCUGCACGUGCCCAAGAUCAUUGCCUUUGAAUCUGUCUACAGCAUGUGUGGUUCCAUUGGACCGAUUGAGGAGAUUUGCGACCUGGCGGACAAGUACGGCGCCAUCACCUUUCUCGAUGAAGUGCAUGCCGUGGGCAUGUACGGGCCGAGCGGUGCUGGCGUGGCUGAGCACCUGGACUGGGAGGCGCACAAGGAGGGCAUGCCCCGGGGCACCAUCAUGGAUCGCAUCGACAUCAUCACGGGCACGCUGGGCAAGGCAUAUGGCUGUGUGGGCGGCUACAUUGCGGGCAGCGCCAAGCUGGUCGACAUGAUCCGCUCGCUGGCUCCUGGGUUCAUCUUCACGACCUCGCUUCCCCCGGCGACCAUGGCGGGCGCCAGGGCGUCGAUUGAGUACCAGAUGGAGCACGACGGUGACCGGAGGCUGCAGCAGCUGCAUACGCGUGCGGUCAAGGAGGAGAUGAACGCCCGCGACAUCCCCGUCAUCCCCAACCCUUCGCACAUUGUGCCCCUGCUGGUCGGCAACGCCGAGCUGGCUAAGGCGGCCUCCGACAUGCUCCUCAACGACUACCAGAUCUAUGUCCAGUCCAUCAACUACCCGACCGUCCCCGUCGGCCAGGAGCGCCUGCGCAUCACGCCCACCCCGGGCCACGGCAAGGAGCUCCGCGAGGAGCUGGUCCAGGCUGUCGACGAGAUCUGGACACGCCUCGGCAUCAAGCGCACGUCUGACUGGGCGGCUGAGGGCGGCUUCAUCGGUGUUGGUGAGCAGGAUAAUGCGGAGGUCCAGCCGCUCUGGACGAACAAGCAGCUGGGCAUUGAGCAGGCGGCUAAGGAGAUUUUGGCUACGGUAGGACAAUCCAGCAAGGCGUCCCUGACCGAGACCCUGCUGGAGCGCGAGGCGGGUGCUGGUCGCUCGGUCGCAGCCGCAGCCGCAGCCUAA